AUGGCUUUCUAUGAAGCUUGCAUCAACGGCAAGAAGCGCAUCACACCAGAGCACUUGAAUUGGGAGACAGAGAACGACAGCCAGUUCAGUCAACUCUUCAAAGAGGGAAGUCAGGGCCAGGAGCCCCCCCCCGAGCCCCGGGUAACACUCAAUGUUGGGGGGCAACCAGUCACCUUCCUAGUUGAUACCGGAGCCCAGCAUUCAGUCCUCACCCAGUCCGCAGGACCACUCAGCGAGCGAACUGCCUGGGUGCAAGGUGCCACAGGCGGAAAACAAUAUCGUUGGACCACCGAACGGAAGGUACAACUGGCGACUGGUAAAGUAACCCAUUCCUUCCUACAUGUUCCCGACUGCCCAUAUCCAUUAUUAGGGCGAGAUUUACUCACUAAAUUGAAGGCCCAAAUUCAUUUUGAAGGGGAGAAAAUUCAAGUGGCAGGCCCAAACGGCGGCCCCCUACAGGUAUUGACUUUACAAUUGGAAGAAGAAUAUCGACUGUAUGAAAAUAACCAAGAGACUAAGGGGCCCAAGGACUUGGACACUUGGCUUGCAGAGUACCCCCUGGCAUGGGCAGAGACGGGAGGUAUGGGGCUCGCCUUGCAGCAACCCCCACUGAUUAUAGAUCUGAAGGCCACGGCGACCCCAGUCUCAAUUAAACAAUACCCCCUGUCGAAUGAAGCCUACCAAGGGAUAAGGCCCCAUAUAAAGAGAUUGUUAGAUCAAGGUAUCCUGAUUCCGUGUCGGUCUCCAUGGAAUACCCCCCUUCUCCCAGUAAAGAAAUCAGGAACCGGGGACUAUAGACCGGUACAGGAUCUCAGGGAAGUCAAUAAAAGGGUUGAGGACAUACAUCCAACUGUCCCCAAUCCAUAUAAUUUACUGAGCACCUUGCCACCGUCUCAUACAUGGUAUACAGUGCUGGAUUUGAAGGAUGCCUUCUUCUGUCUCAGAUUAAACCCUAAGAGCCAACCCCUUUUUGCUUUUGAAUGGAAAGACCCUGAACUGGGAAUUUCAGGCCAACUAACCUGGACCAGACUCCCACAGGGCUUCAAGAAUAGUCCCACCCUCUUUGAUGAGGCCUUACAUCGAGACCUCGCAGGUUUCAGAGUUCAACACCCAUCGCUCAUCUUGCUCCAGUACGUGGAUGACCUUCUACUGGCAGCCUCCACAGAACAUGACUGCCGGCAAGGUACGGGGGCCCUAUUACAGACUCUGGGACUGCUGGGCUAUCGAGCAUCUGCCAAAAAGGCCCAGAUAUGCCAGACUGAAGUGACUUAUUUGGGAUAUAAACUAAGGGGGGGGCAGCGUUGGCUUACCGCUGCACGCAAAAAGACUGUGGCUAAUAUACCCCCACCCCAAAGCCAUCGCCAGCUGCGGGAAUUUCUGGGGACUGCUGGGUUCUGCCGCUUAUGGAUACCAGGUUUCGCGGAAAUGGCGGCCCCUCUAUACCCCCUCACCAAACAGGGGGUCCCCUUCAUAUGGACAGAUGAACAGCAACAGGCUUUUGAGAAUAUUAAACGAGCCCUCUUAUCCUCUCCGGCUCUAAGCCUGCCUGACAUCACGAAGCCAUUCGAACUGUACAUUGAUGAAAAACGAGGCUAUGCCAAAGGUGUCUUGACCCAGAGACUUGGGCCAUGGAAGCGUCCUGUUGCCUACUUGUCCAAGAAAUUGGACCCAGUGGCUUCAGGUUGGCCCCCUUGUUUGAGAAUGGUGGCAGCUAUAGCCGUUCUCAUAAAGGACGCUGGCAAGCUGACUUUGGGACAGCCUCUGACUAUUCUGGCGCCCCAUGCUGUUGAGGCGCUGGUCAGACAGCCUCCUGACAGAUGGCUUUCCAAUGCCCGUAUGACGCACUACCAAUCCUUGCUGUUGGACGCGGACCGAGUCCAAUUCGGACCUGUGGUUGCCCUCAAUCCGGCUACCCUGCUACCUCUGCCAGAGGGGCCCGAUCAGCACGACUGCCUUCAGAUCCUUGCGGAAAUGCAUGGAACUCGAGAAGACUUGACUGAUCAGCCCCUUCCAGAUGCAGACCACACCUGGUACACUGAUGGAAGCAGUUACCUACUGAAUGGUGAGCGCAAGGCAGGAGCCGCGGUUACCACGGAAACUCAGGUAAUCUGGGCCAGUGCAUUACCCAGUGGCACCUCGGCUCAGCGAGCUGAACUUAUUGCUCUGACCCAAGCUCUCAAGCUGGCAAAAGGUAAGAAACUAAAUGUUUAUACUGACAGUCGGUAUGCAUUUGCCACUGCACAUAUACAUGGAGAGAUUUAUCGGAGGCGAGGGCUCCUAACCUCAGAAGGAAAGGAAAUCAAAAACAGAGCAGAAAUCCUUGCUCUAUUAAAGGCCUUAUUCCUCCCCAAAAGACUGAGUAUUAUGUAUUGUCCUGGCCACCAAAAAGGAGAUCGCGCUGAGGCCAGAUGAAAUCGGCAGGCGGAUAAAGCAGCCCGAGAGGCUGCUUUGGGACCACAGAUACUCCCCAUAGUAUCUGAACCCGUCCAAUCCACUGCAGAUUGGACCUAUGAUAAAGAGGAUAUAAAUUUACUUCAAAAAUUAGGGGCGGAAUAUAACCCUACAAGCAGACAAUGGAUUUACAAAGGAAAAAUAGCCAUGACCAUAAAAAUAACUCAUGAACUCAUAGACUAUUUACAUAAAUUGACCCACUUGGGUAUAAAGAAAAUGAAGAUUCUUUUAGACAGAAUGAAAACUGGACAAUACCUACUGAACAGAAAUGAGGCACUCCAACGAGCAACAGAUAACUGCAGGGCCUGUGCUCAAAUUAAUACAGGCCACUCAAAAGCUCUUCAAAGGGUGCGUCUCCGAGGACAUCGACCAGGUGUUCAUUGGGAAAUAGACUUUACUGAAGUAAAACCUGGUCUAUAUGGAUAUAGGUAUAUACUGGUAUUUAUAGACACCUUUUCAGGAUGGGUAGAGGCCUACCCCACCAGACAUGAGACUGCCAAGAUGGUUGCCAAGAAGCUACUAGAAGAAAUUUUUCCCCCAUACGGAAUGCCAAAGGUAUUGGGUUCUGAUAAUGGGCCGGCCUUCGUCUCCCAGGUAAGUCAGUUGGUGGCCAAACUGUUGGGGAUUGAUUGGAAACUGCACUGUGCAUAUAGACCCCAAAGUUCAGGACAGGUAGAACGUAUGAACAGAACUAUUAAGGAGACUUUAUCUAAAUUAACGCUUGCAACUGGCUCAAAGGAUUGGGUGUUGCUCCUGCCCCUGGCCCUAUAUCGGGCCAGGAAUACUCCUGGACCACAUGGCCUUACCCCUUUUGAGAUACUAUAUGGGACACCACCCCCAGCCAUACAUUUUUUUGAUACGAACAUUACAGACUAUGCUAACUCCCCUUCCUUACAAGCUCAUUUGCAAGCCCUACAGCUGGUGCAACAGGAGAUCUGGAAGCCUCUGGCAGCGGCAUACCAGGAUAACCUUAACCAGCCGGUGGUGCCUCACCAGUAUCAGAUUGGGGACACUGUUUGGGUCCGCAGACAUCAAACUAAGAACAUGGAACCACGCUGGAAAGGACCGUACACUGUUCUUCUGACUACCCCAAUGGCACUGAAAGUGGACGGGAUUGCUGCCUGGAUCCACGCUUCACACGUGAAAGCAGCUAACCCAGAACAACAGACGGACAGCGAGAAGAAAGGAUGGAAGAUCCAGCGCACUCAAAACCCGCUAAAGUUAAGACUCAUACGAAGGAGGAACAAAAACACCGAGAAAAACCCUAGACCGAGCCAAGUCAGUUCAUAUCUGAUAUUUGGGAAUUUGACUUAG